AUGACAGAGUACUCAGUGCAUUUGAUAUCCCGCCUAGACCCAUUGAGAUACUUAUUUGAUAGACCUGCAUUGACUGGUAGACUGAUGAGAUGGCUCGUACUUUUGAUAGAGUUUGAUAUCCAGUAUGUUUCUCAGAAGUCUAUUAAGGGAAGUAUUGUCGCCGAUCACCUAGCCUCACUACCGACAUCUGAGGAUAGACUAGUUGAUGAUGAUUUUCCAGAUGAGGAGUUUGUUGCUAUGACCAACUUAUCAGGAUGGUGCAUGUACUUUGAUGAUGCAGCCAAUCAGUCAGGGUAUGGGAUAGGUGUUCUGUUGAUUCAGGGGGAUUGGAAGACUAGGGAUGUGAAACUUAAGUCGUAUCACGCCUAUUUGGAGUUGCUGGUUGCGAGAUUUGAUGACUUGAGAUAUGUUCAUCUACCUAGAGCGCAGAACCGGUUUGCCGACGCCUUAGCUACCUUAGCUUCUUCUGUGGACAUUCCGAUUGAUGUAGUUAUACGUCCAUUGCUGAUUGAGUUGAGGUCUGCACCCGCCUACUGUUGUUUGAUUGGAGAAACAGGGGUCCAAGAUGAUCUACCUUGGUAUCAUGAUAUUUAUCAGUUUCUUAGAUCUGGCACAUACCCUGAGGUAGCCACUGCCAAGGAUAGGAGAGCACUGAGGAAUUUGGCCACUAGAUUUAUGAUUUGUGGAGAUACCUUAUACAGGCAAUCAGCUGAUGAUAUGCUUCUAUUAUGUUUAGAUUGA